UACUACACUUGUUUCGAUUUCGACUCGAGUGCUAACGUUAGCUAGGUAGCUGAGCUGUGGUGUGGUUGUCAACAGUGUGUAGUAGAGUUUUAUUUGUUUCCGGAUUACCUAAUUAUUGAAUAAUCUUUAUUUUAAAUUGCUUUUCUUUUGCACACGGUGUCAUGGGAAGCUGACCUCGCUAGUUAGGUGGCUAAUUGUAGUUAGCAUCACUGCUAAUGUCUGCGGGGCGCUACAUCGAGUUGUUUACGUAUCGCUAUCUAAGACAGCUAGUUGUUUCUCUAGUUAUCCUUCAAAGGUCUCAGUGUAUAAUGAAAAUGAAAUGGAUAUCGUAGUUAUUUUCUAUGAAACAACGCCUUCGGUUUUCAAGCUCUUUAAUUCUCCACGUACGUUAGGCUGGUUUCAUCAAGCUAGCAACACAGACUGGUAACUCAAGCUAAGCAAGGAUGGAGAAACCACCAUUUAAACAGACUCAGUUCUGCGGAGCUUGGGCAAUGAAAGAGAGAUUGGGGACUGGUGGAUUUGGACAUGUCUAUCUGUAUCAGCAUCAGGAAACAUCUGAAAAAAUUGCUGUGAAACUCUGUCGGCUUGAACUCAAUGCAAGGAACAAAGACAGAUGGAGUCGAGAGAUCCAAAUAAUGAAAAAGUUGAACCACUUGAACGUGGUGACAGCAAGGGAAGUACCAGAAGAAAUGAAACACAUUGCCUUGAAUGACUUGCCUCUUUUAGCCAUGGAGUACUGUUCCAGGGGAGACCUUCGUAAGUUAUUAAGCAAACCUGAGAAUUGCUGUGGAUUAAAAGAAAGUGAGGUGCUAUCCUUACUCAAUGAUGUUGGUUCAGGAAUUCAGUAUCUUCAUGCAAACAAAAUCAUUCACAGAGAUUUAAAACCAGAGAAUAUCGUACUUCAGGAAAUCAACGGAAAGCUGGUCCACAAGAUAAUAGACCUGGGCUAUGCAAAAGAUCUGGAUCAAGGGAGUCUAUGCACAUCAUUUGUGGGCACUCUGCAGUAUCUGGCCCCAGAGUUAUUUGAGAGCAAACCCUACACGGUCACUGUGGAUUACUGGAGCUUCGGCACAAUGGUUUUUGAGUGUAUUUGCGGUUUUCGUCCAUUUCUACAUAACCUGCAACCGGUGCAAUGGACAAGCAAAGUACGUAAUAAAGGCCCAAAGGACAUCAUGGCUGUAGAGGAUAUGAAUGGAGAAGUCAGGUUUUCUACUCAUCUUUCUUAUCCCAAUAAUCUCAGCAGCACGCUGUUGGAGCCUUUGGAGUGUUUGCUACAGUUAAUGCUGAAGUGGGAUCCAGUUCAGAGGGGAGGAGUAACACACCCUGAUACUAAACAGCCACAGUGCUUCGCACAACUUGAUCAGAUACUGAACAUAAAGGUUGUACACAUCUUGAAUAUGACCACAACCAGGGUACAUUCUUUUCGUCUAAGCCCUGAGGAGACCCUUCACUCCCUGCAGCAGAGCAUCGAGAAUGAAGCGAAGAUUGAACAAGGGAAUCAAGAGCUUCUUCAAGAGACAGGAGUCAUGUUGGAUCCAAGAAAGCCUGCAGCACAAUGUGUCCUAGAUGGAGUCAGAGGAUGGGACAGUUACAUAGUGUAUCUCUUCGAUAAAAGCCUAACCAAGUACACAGGACCGUUUACUGCCAGGCCGCUUCCAGAGAGUGUGAACUUUAUUGUGCGUGAGACCAAGACCCAACUUCCCUUGAAUACCCUUAAGAAAGUUUGGGGUGAGGCAGUGAGCUACAUCUGUGGCCUCAGAGAUGACUACAGUCGCCUUUUCCAGGGCCAAAGAGCUGCCAUGUUGAGUCUUCUUCGGUACAACACCAACCUCACUAGAUACAAGAAUCUGAUGUUUUCAUGUUCACAGCAGUUAAAAGCUAAGCUUGAUUUCUUUAAGAGUAGUAUCCAGUAUGACCUGGAGAAGUACAGUGAUCAGAUGCAGUAUGGAAUCUCUUCUGAAAAGAUGCUAAAGGCAUGGCAGGACAAUGAAGAGAAAGCUGCUGCAUUUGGACAGGUUGCAGAGAUUGGCCAUCUAGAUGAAGAGAUUAUGUCCUUACACUCUGAGAUUGUGGAGCUUCAGAGAAGUCCUUAUGCUCGCCGCCAAGCAGAUGUCAUGGAGCAGCUUGAGGAGAAAGCCAUCGAACUCUACAAACAACUGAAAGCAAAAUGCAAAAUGAAUGACUCUCAGCAUGGUUACAGUGACAGCUCUGAGAUGGUGAAAGUAAUUGUACAGACUGUACAGAAUCAAGACAAAGUGUUGAAGGACCUCUAUGCCCAUCUCAGUAAAAUUCUGCAGAGCAAACAGAAGAUUAUUGAAUUGUUCCCGAAGAUUGAAAAAACUCUGGAGAACAUUAAGGAAGCUGAUGGUGUUGUGAUGCAGAUGCAGAUGAAGAGACAGAGGGAGUUCUGGCACUUAUUAAAGAUUGCAUGUGCACAGAACACCACUCGUAGCCAAGUUGCAGAGGUAGCUCUCGCGACUUGGCCUCAACAACCUCAGCAGUGUUGCUCUCCACACCUGUCCAUGUCCCUGCCAGCUCCACAUGACUCUGAAACGGUUAAUCAUCUACUGGAGGAGAAUCAGAAGUAUUUAAACCAGCUCACGAGUCUGCUACAGGAGGCAACUGAGGAGAAAUCAGAGAGUAUAAUGGAUCAAGACUGGAGCUGGACUAAAUAUGAAUCCCUGCUUGCAAAAUUACAUUUAUAAUUUUAUUUAUGUUAUGAUAAUCAUCACCUGACUGGAUUGCUGUUGGCACAUGGGCUUUCAUCAGUAGUAGUAAUCUGUCGAAAUCAUGGUUUGUAGUGUCGUAGUAACAUAUCACACACAAAGAUGUAUUUUUAAUUGGCAUAAUGCCACCUUAUACACACAGAACAUAUACAUACACUUUUAAAAAGCUGAACUCAUCCCAGGCUUCAGGGCAUGUCAGACAGUCCAGAUUUUAUUGCUCUGUCCCUUACGCAAACACAAAAAAUGUGGACUGUCCAGGACACCUUGAGUAUUACACAAGUAUUUAUUUAUUAUAAAGCAACGUAAUUUAAUUUGUACGGGCUAAUUGUAUGUGGAUUUGGUGUCUUUCUAUUGCUCAGCAUCUGCACUUUAGAGGCUCACUGUGAAUGUUGGAUUUUUACUCCCGAGAAAGCGCAUUGGACUGUAAAAUUAAGCCUGUAUAGGAGUGAUAUUUUUGAAAGACAUUGACUGUCACAGAAUUGAAAGAACAAAACUGCCUGAAUCUCGCCCAGGAAAGCUGGUCAUCAUAUUAAAUCCACCUGCUAUUCAUCAAUUCUAGCAGUUGUUCAUUACAACAAGCACAUAACUGGCAACUUGUGCGGCUGUGGAGCAGGAAACCUGAAGGUGCUGAAGUUAUCAUUAUUAUUUUUUUUUUGUUUUUUUGGAUAAGUGAAAGAAGUGUCAUAGUGUCAUCAGUGCAAUGCCUGUACGAAGGCCUGUUCAGUGUCAGUUUGGGGAUAUAUGAAAUGUCACUAUAUAAAUCUUGGUACUUUGUUGAUUUUGAGAAUGUAUUAUCUUUCUUUUUGAUAAUCAGCUCUGAACAGGAGGUUGACGAUUUAACAGUUCAUUAUGUUAUUUCAUCAGAUAAUGUUAGACAUAUACUAAUAAGUUGUUACAUUUUCUUAACUGAAAUGUUCUUGUUCUCUGGUUUAUUGUACAUUACAAAUAAAAGUAAUUAAAAUGUU